CAAAUGUCAAGUGACGUGCCUGAUGCAUUACGCUGACAUUCGUUUCGUGUACGUGCUAUUUCACUUUUUACAUACGUGUCAAGCUAACUUGAACGUUUCAGGCUUUCCAGCCUUAAAUUUAAGGAUUUACUGACAAAUAUACUAACAAUCAUACAAAAUGGCACCAAAACAGAGGAUGCGCAUCGCCAACGAGAUCGCCAGCAAAAACAUCACAAUGAGAGGAAAUGUACCAAAAACCACAAAGGAAAAGGAUGAUCAAUAUCCCGUAGCACCUUGGCUUUUGGCUCUCUUCAUCUUCGUUGUCUGUGGUUCAGCCGUCUUCCAAAUUAUCCAAUCUAUACGGCUGGCUUAGACCACUCUGUGAUUCUGACUGAUAAUUAGUACCAAAACAGUGCAAUACAUCCUGGCUUGAGAAGUGCUCUUUGAUAUUUAUUAUCCCCUGGUACCUGCAUUCCUUAACUAAAGACUAAAUUUUCUUUUGUCAUAAUUUUUUUUAUUAUCUGUGAUUGUUUUUAACUUUCAAUAGGAACUUCUCAAGCGACGAUUACAAAUAUUAAAAAAAAAUAAAGAUUUGUGUACACUAUGCGAUUAUGUCGUUUAGUAUGCAUAUAGCCUGCGCCUCUCUCUCUAUUAGCUUCCAAAUGUUGGGAUGUAUUUAGUCCUAAGCGCAGAUUUUAAUAUACAUAAUCUCAUCUAUAAAACAUUGUAUCUAUUCUUGUAUAUUGUAAAUUGGAAAUUUAAUAUUAAGGUGAAAAUCGAAGCAUUUACAUGAAAUGUUAAAAUUUUUCAUUCAUUCCGUAUCGUGUUUGAAUAACGCACAAGUAACUAAUUUCUACGGAAAUUGUGUUUUAGUUAAAUUUUAUUUCAAUGAAUUUUUUUAUAGCCUUGUCACUGUCCAGAAUUAAUUGUCGGUUCUAUUUUUAAUUUUAAAUGUAAUUUAUUUGAUUAAAUACAGUAUAUUUGUCAUAUUAA